GAUAUUUAAAGUGUCAAAGGCAGACUGGGAGGAGAGUUCAGUUCAGUCAAACUCCGCCACAGAGGGACGAGGGGGAGAGCUCGUGAGCGAGAGAGAGAAGAGAGAGAGGGACGGGAGGAGAGGGAAAGGGAGAAAGCCCCACAUUGCCCAGAUGGAGUCGCACUCAGAACCGGGCAGCGACUCGGGGGUCUCCAUCGUUUCCCCCCCACCCAGCGAGCCCGAAGUCUCUGCCCAGCCGAGCAAGGAGACGCCCAUCGAGAGGGAGAUCCGAGAAGCGGCCGAGAGGGAGCAGAAUUUCCGUAGGUCCAGGGGGCUGGAGACGGGCGUGGAAUGCCAGGAGCUGGUGGAGAUCACCAUGAAGUCCGUGCUCCUCCAGCCUCUCCCGGCCCCCAAGGCCAAGGAGAGGGGGCAGAGGGCUGGCUCGCAGAUGCAGAGAGAGAUCCGCUUGGAGAGCAAGAGGGAACAGGACCUGGUGAGUCUGGGGAUGGUCAGCGGCAAGUACGACAGGGGAGAGAGCAGGGAGCUGGAGGAGAAGAGGAGGGUGUUUGAGAGCACGCUCCCAGGGCUGAUCAAAGCCAAGGCCAACGCCAAAAACCCUGUGUACAACGGAGCUACAGACCAGACCGUGAUCAUCAUGGAGUCCAGCAAUUUCUUCCGACCUACCAGCCACCUCCACCACCUGCCCAACGCCCAAGCCAGGAAUUCACACUCGGUGCUGGAAGAAGAAAUCCGUCUGGCUCAGGAGAGGGAGCGAGCCCUCAGGAAGCAAAGAUACAGCAUUUAUGGCAGUCAGUUGGCGUCAGCUAAGGAGUUUAUACCCUCCUGGACUCAGUGUGUCAACGGGACAGAGAAGCCAAACCUGGGGAAGCUGCAGAUCUCCUGGCCUCCAACUCAACCCAACCUGGACAUGAACAGGAAAACCCACAGCAACAGACCCCAAAAGACACACGGACAAACAAAUUCCUUACUCCAGCGUUGGGAAGCGGGAAUUCUCGGCAAUUGUCAGGACGAAUGAGGGAAUAACCCUCAUCGUGGGUUCAGAGUUCCUGAAAAGACUUGCACAUCCCCCUACCUACCCAGCAUUAAUCGCUCGAGCUAACCCCUCUCUCAUUCUCUCUCUCUCUCUCUCUCUCUCUCUCUGCCUGUCCACGUGCGGAGAGACUGCGAUUAAUUGCGAACGGUAACUUUUUAAAUAGUGUGACGUGUUUUGUAAGUGUUUCCCGAAUCAGCUCUUGAACAAAAUUAAAUUAUUUUUUAUUUAUAUAUAGACUGCAGCGGCUACGACAGAUGCACGUGGAUGUUAAUUUCUGCUUGUGCAUGUCAGGGCUCGAUUAUCCAUAAUAAAAUACUGACAUCCAGUUCAUACCCAA